UGUGUGUAGCAUAUGAGUGUUCAUGUGCCUCUUUGUGUACAAAUUAUAAGGAUAUACUCUCACACUAAACCCCCCUUCAUCCGAAAUGACGUCACAGAAGCGUCCGCCACGGCGCGAGGAGGAAGAAACUCAGGCAGUCAACACCAGGUCUCCCUCAGGAAGAUGGCCGGCGUCCCCGGCGCCCCAUCAACUGCCGAGGCCCUCCUGGGGAUGCGCAAGGAGCCGAGGCUUCACGCGGGGGCGUGUCCCGGCCACGGGGGGUUCCAGGUGUUCUGGUGCCGCCCUUGCAGGACCUGGCUGUGCAGCGACUGCACCAUCGUGGACCAUCCGCAGGGCGCCUGCUCCGUCGUGUCCCUGAAGACGGCGCUCGAGGACUUCCAGCGCGAGGGACGCCGCGACGCAGAGCAGCUGGCGCUCCGCCUCGAGCGCACGCUCUCCCUCAAGGAGACGUGCGCGGAGUUGGGCACGGCGAGCAAGAGCUUCCUCCAGGCGCAGAAUGAGUUCCUUAGUACACUUCUCCGGGAGGAGGAGGAACUGAAGAGCUCGCAGGAGGAGAACGUUCAAAGGAUAGACAAAUUCGCACGGCUCGAGGCCGGGCUGGCGGAGGACUGCGAGACGCUGCCGGAGGGGCAGCAGGUGCUGGCAGCUUGGACGGGGCGCUCUGCGAAGGCGCCUUCCACCGAGGGGACGGAAGUGACCCAGAAGCUCCGGGAGUGCUUUGAGAAGCUGCAAGCGUCCUUCCGCCUCCUGACGGCGUCAGGUUUCCUGCCACCGCCCGCUGAAUGGCCGAAAGACCUUCCGGCCGAGUGCCAGAGCGUGUCAGACCUGCAGGCGGUGCUCGCCGUGGACGCCGACAUGUGCGGGCGCGGCCUCCUGCUGGAGCGCACGGAAGGGACCUUCGACUGGGAGGACAUGUGCGAGCUCCUGGGGCGCGAGAACGUGGAACACCUGGAGCAGGUGCUGGAGGGUGUCUACCUGGCCACCGUCAGGAGCCAGCGGGUCAGAGACUACAUCGUGGCCAAGAUCUGGAGCAUUCGCUUCCACAGUGGCCAGGGCAGGAGCGUCGUGCGCUACGGCCACGGCCAGGGCGUGCACAAACUGCCCCGGGCCAGCGGCGUCUUCGUCGUGCACUCGGCGAGGCCCGUCGGCGCCCGCGUGAAGGGCGUGCUUGCCGGCAUCCCGUCCUUCGCGGAGUCCAGGAGUCGGCAGGCCCUCGUGCGCGCCAUCGCCAGCAAGUACCCGAGCCUGCAGGAUGUUGCGCUGGAGGCGGCGACGUGGCCGGGGACGACCGUGCGCUCCGGGACGCUCGAGGUCAGGGGUGUCACGACCGACCUGGUGGCGCUGGACGCGGCCCUGAAGGCGGAGGAGGGCGUCGUCCGCUUCGGCCACUUCAGAGGCCGUUUCCAGAGCCUGGCGGCCGAACCGCUCAGCGAGGAGGACAUCCUGCCGUCGGAGCCCUUCCAGCAGGGCUCCUCCGUCAAAGGCUGGAGCUGGCCGGCUUAGCGGCGCCGUGGCGGGCGGGCGGCGGGCGGGCGCCCGAGUGGACUGCCUUCUGCGCCGGCGGCUGCUCACCGCUGCACCGACUGCCACGUAUUCGGGGCACAUGCGUGCAUGCACACACACAUGAUUUAUUGUAUUUGUAAAGUAUUUAUUUUAUGCGCAUGUUUUGCUACAUUUGGGUUUCAUUUUGUUGGUAUGUUUCAUAAGGUUUCAAAUGUUGAUUGCAUUUUUUAAACACCGUAUAUAGUUCUUCAAAUGAUAGUGUUUUAUAUCGUUGAUUUUUCUUUAUUUGUUUUAUGUCUGUUUCUAUCUGCACUUGCUUUGUUUAUUGUGCACUGUUGUCUGGGUUUUAGAACUACGUAAAUAAACAUUGCCAAUUGAA